UUAAAGAUGUAAUUUUUAAAUCACAUGACGUUAUAUGUAGAGAGUUAACACGAUCUUUGUCCGUGAUCUCUUUAGACCGGCGAAAUAGCCAAUAUAUGUGCUAUUAAAUAAUGCAAUAAUCUAAGACUCAGUAUUAAAUCGAAAGGCUGUGCUAUCGCAUUUCAGUAAUUUUAUGUACAUACCUACAUACAGUGCCGUCGAGCACAUGGAGUGUAGAUAACCUAAAAAACGGCCUAUUAUCAAUCCAGACCUAUACGAUUAAGAUCAUUUUUUAUGUAUCAGAGUUACUUAGAUCUGAAUUAAUUUAUCUUUUUAAAUCUAUCUCCAAAAUAAAAAUUAAAAAAUUAGAUUAAUCCGAUGAACCGCUUCUCGAUGGCUGCGAUCAGAGGUUAUUUUUCAUACGUGUAAUAACAUUUAUUAAUUCAAUGGAAAUUUUGAUAAAAGCGGAAAGAUAAGGAGUAAUAAGCUGUUUUGUUUUUAAUGAAACGAUACAUGACAUAACGCAAGAUGUCGGGUAAAACGGUCUUUGUUACGGUUGGUACAACGAAAUUCGAUGAUCUGAUAACUACAGUGUUGAGUCGCGCAGUCCUGGAGGCCCUGUCAGCACGUAAUUACAAGCGUCUGAUCUUACAAAUUGGCAAUAGCAACUUAGAACCGGAUUGCACCGCGCGUUAUGGUUUUCAUAAAAUAGAAACUUUUGGAUUAAGUCCAUCCAUCGGGGAAUAUUUGCAACUGGCAGAUCUUGUGAUAAGCCAUGCUGGCGCAGGAAGCGUACUGGAAGCUUUGGAAAAACGCAAACACUUAAUUGUAGUGACAAACGAUCUCCUAAUGGACAAUCAUCAGAUUGAACUGGCCGAGCAACUGUAUAAAGAUGAGCAUUUGUAUUAUUGUACUUGUCGGAAUUUGUUGCAUGUUAUAGAAACAAUGGACUUGUCAAAGUUAAAACCGUUCACCAAUGACAAAAGUGCAGAUAUAGCUAAUUUUAUUGACAAAGUAAUAGGAUUUAGGUGACGAUAUCAAUAUAAUUAAUUGUUAUCCAGUUUGGAAAGAAACUGUUUUGUAUUGAUGUUAAAAAAAAGAAGUCAAAUAUUUGUGGGAACAAGCAGCAAUAUUUAUAUAUAUAUAUUUGAAUUCUUAACAUGUCUUACAAUAAGGAUACAUAUUCCAUAAAGUUUAAAAUUCAUUAUUGUAAUAUAUUAUAUGCUUGAUAUAAUUUACAAUAAUAAAACAUUAUACACUUAAACAACCAUCCCUCAAAACUGUUUACAUAUUAUAGAAAAAUUUAUAACUCUGCAUUAGUCAAAUUGUGACAGAUCAAUGGCAGUUUUAACGUUCCCUCGGAUAAUUGAUAAAUUAUUCUUGGACAUUUGUCACUGCUAAUGUAACAAUUAAUUCUGUAAAAGUAUUAUAAAGGUUGUUCGCGCUGUCAAAAUAAAACCAGCUCUUUAAAAAA